CUCUCUCCCUUUCCAACAGCUAAGAGUAAAAGAGGCAGCACUCUUUCUCCUUUCCUCUCUCAAACUCUCUCACUUUCCACCCAAAUCCCACCUAAGCACUAGGAUUUGAGCCUAGAAUCUGGAUACGUACAUCGGUACAUGCGGAUAAGGUUGUGGAUGGACAGAAGAGCGAGAGCUCCGAUCAAAUCCUCGAGUUGAACCAAGAACAGAAGUCGUAGCUAGGAUCAACGAUGCCUUCCCCUCCGCCUUCCAUGUCCCCGUUCAACAAGUGCUGCCGCUGCUGCUCGUCGUCGUCGCCGCCGCCGCCGAGGCCGCAGCGAGCUGCGGAGAUCAAGCAGCCUAUAUGCGGAGGAGCGCGGGUGCUGAUCACCACCAGGAGAGCGCACGCCGCCUCGCUCCUCCUUGGCCUCGUGGGGGCAGCAGUGUCUGCGCCGGCGGCUCGGGUCAGGGCGGAGGAGGAGAACGGCGGCGAGGAGGGCGUCCUCGGCGCCAUCAAGUCGAUCUUCGACCCGAACGAGAAGACCAAGGCGGGCAAGGUGCUGCCCAAGGCGUACCUGAAGGCGUCCAGGGAGGUGGUGCGCACGCUCCGGGAGUCCCUGGAGGAGGACGGCGGCGGCGACAUUGCCAAGUUCCGGCGGAACGCCGACGCCGCCAAGGAGUCCAUCAGGGAGUUCCUGGGCGGAUGGAGAGGCCAGCAGGUCGUCGCCGCCGAGGUGAUUGAUCAUUUGUUGCAUGCAUGUGACUCCAGGAGUCGUACGUUGCGUUGGAGAAGGCGAUCAGAUCACUGGCGGAGUUCUACUCCAAAGCAGGACCUCUCGCUUCGCUUCCACAGGAUGUCAAGAAUAAGAUCCUGGAGGACCUCAACACCGCAGAGGCCUGCCUGUAGCAUUUUGCCUUUUGCAGCAUUGUACUGCAUUGUAAUAUUGAGGGGAAAGUGAUUCUACUCCAGUGCUUUUACCAGUCAAACGUCCUAGACACAAAGAAUAGAUACAUUGCAGCAUGAUGCAAAAACAUUUGAGUUGGCCCAUGGAGGCUGGAGGCAUGAUGUAUGCACACAAGCCUCGUUAUUCUGCAGGAGCAGGGGUUUUCUACCCAAGUUGCAGACUAGGAACCAAUUUUGAUUCAGUUGCAGCAUGACCGAACCGGUUGACAAUUUUCUUCCUGCCCA